GCUCUGCCUUCAGAGUUUGGCCCUUCCUCCUUCCUCAGCCUAAACCACCAUUCUACUCACGCAGGCCCACCUCCCCUCCCUUUCUACCCAGCGCUCCUCCUCUUCCCAAGGCCCAGUCCCUCUCCGCCAUGUUAGUUUCCUCCGGUUCCGGCCUACUGGUCUGGCUGAUUCCCGGGUCCCCCGAUAGGCUCCGGGCCCAGCUGCCCCUUGGGGCGCUGUCGUGUGAUCGAUGAACUGUUUGAGGCAGGAUUAUAUACUGUGUCAAUAGUACUACUGUCAGUCAUGGGGGACAUGAAGACUCCAGACUUUGAUGAUCUUCUGGCUGCAUUUGAUAUCCCUGAUGCCACAAGCCUUGAUGCAAAGGAAGCAAUUCAAUCUACAAGUGAUGAAGCAGAAAACCAUCUUAAAGCAGCAGAAAUGUGCAUGGAUGAAAAUUUAUCCUUGUCCCAGUCAAUGCAAGCUUCUGAUGUUCCUGCUGUCAGUGUGAUCGUGAAGAACACCAGCCGCCAGGAGUCUUUUGAGGCAUCUGAAAAAGAAGGGAACCACAUUGGACCAACUCUUCUUCAAAAUGGGUUUCGGAGCCCAGAGGUUGGAGCAGAGUCAAAUAGUUUGGGGCAAGGGUAUGGGAAAUUUGAAGCCAGUUUUAUCAAUGGGGAUAGUUGUAGAGGCUACACAGAAAAGCUGGAGACACACAAAUCAGAGCCUUUACCUACAUUUUCACAAUUCAGCCCAAUUUCCAGCCCUGAACCGGAGGACUCAUGUAAAGAUAAUGGAAUCCCCAGUAAGCAAAAACCAGCAGAGUCUCCAUACUUCCCACAACCAUCCAUGUAUGUUCCUUCUGAGGGCUGUAUGGUGGAUUUUUUGAGAAAGCCACCAGAAACAGAACUCAGUAUGUUCGAUGAAUACUGCAAAAAAGAGCAAAGGACAGACUGCAAGGAAGCAGAGAAGGGAAAAACUGAGGAGCAAACAAAGGACUUAGAGAAUGUUAACAGCUUAAUUGGAGGGUCACUUCCAUUUAAAGAUACUGAGAACAAUAGUGUUAAAGAGGAGAAAGAAUUUUCAGAAGCAAUGGGCUCCUCUGCCAUACCUCCUCGCCAGCGUAUUAAACCUGCUCAUUCAAAGCUGUCUUCCUGUGUGGCUGCUCUUGUAGCACUGCAGGCAAAGAAAGUUGCUGUUUCUACUAAAGAUGAUGUCUCUAAUAUCACUAAAGAUACUGGAGCCCCACUAAAAGACUGUGUUAAGGGAAGUCCUAAAAUGCCAAAGUCACCCAAGAGUCCCAAAAGUCCUAUGGAGGGGGUUAAAAAGAUCACUAAACCCCCAGACAGUCCUAUGAGUGUCUGUAGUGAUACAAGUAGCAGAGGCUCUCCAUCAGUUGGUGCUGGCUCCCCACCUGCUAUCCCCAAAGUGAGGAUAAAGACGAUAAAGAUGUCAUCUGGAGAGAUAAAAAGAACUGUGACCAGAAUCUUACCAGAUAUUGAAUCAGAUGAUCUUGUAAAGUCUACAGAAAGCCUUUUGGCUCAAAGCUCAUCACAUGAUGAUAUCAAACAGUCUGAUCAGCUUGAAAGUGAACCAGAUAAAACAAAGAACACUGGCAGGAGCACCCUCCAUGGUUCUAGUGUGGUAAAUCCCCAGGUAGCUAAUGCCAAUGGCGAAAAAAAGAAAGGAAUGCCUACUUCUAGUUUUCAAAAUCCUGGCAAUGGUUCUGUAAAGCUCUCUAAUUCAUCACUGUGCAAAAAACAGUCACAAACUUCCUCUAAGACAACAUCUAACCAAACCACAUUGCUUCCUAAAGCAGUUCACCUUGCUAAUCUCAAUUUGGUCCCUAAUAGUGUUACAACUUGUGUAGCCACAAAGACGCCUGUCCUAAAAUCGACCCAUGUGCAAGCCACACCUAUGACUGUGCCUUUAGUGCACCAAGUAAAAGUAGCUGCUCCCGUUAUUGUGGAGGCAUUUAAUAAGCUUCUACACAGCACCAACCCAGUUCCAACAUAUACACCUAAUCUGAACCCACCACCUGACUCCAAUAUCAAGCUUCCAGCUUCUGGCUAUAAUUGCCUGGAGUGUGGUGACUCAUUUGCCCUGGAAAAGAGUCUUUUACAACAUCAUAACAGACGGAGCAUUCAUAUUGAAGUGAUGUGCACCCAGUGCUCAAAAAUGGUUCAGUUCUACAAUAAAUGUAGCUUACUGAGCCAUGCCAGAGAACACAAGAGCAAAGGACUGAUCAUGCAGUGUUCCCAGCUCAUGAUGAAGCCAAUCUCCUCAGAUCAGAUGAUGUCAGCUACAUCUUUACUUACCACAGCACUUACCUCUCAAACUUCCUCCUCCAACCAGCGGACAUUAUCUCAAGGUGCUCCACUGGGAGUGUGGUCUGGGACUUCUUCCUGUGCUCCACCUGCUAUGCCUCUUUUUGCAGACCCAUAUGGACUAAUACGCCAUGGGUUCAAGUGUCUGGAGUGCUCGAAACAAGUGGAGGAUUAUACUAGUUUAGCAGGACAUUAUCAGAGAGUAGCUGAGGAAAAAGAUGGACUGACUUGCCAGGUAUGCCAGAUGAUGCUCCCUAAUAAGUGCAGUUAUGGAGCACACCAACGCAUUCACACACACAAAUCUCCAUACUGUUGCCCAGAGUGCGGGGUGCUCUGUAGAUCUGCCUAUUUCCAGACUCAUGUUAAGGGAAACUGUCUGCACUACACACGCAAGGUGGCAUUUCGGUGCAUACACUGUGGUGUGGUGUUUAUGUCUUUGGGAAUGCUGAAAGCUCAUAUCCAGGAGAAGCACUGUGAAGUGUUCCACAAGUGCUCAUUCUGCCCCAUGGCUUUUAAGAAUGCAGAGAGUACAUCUGCCCAUAUCACAGCCCAGCAUCCUACUGCAAACCACAAGAACUCACAAAUUAUCUAUAAGUGCUCUUGUGAGACAGUCUUCAAUAAGAAGAGACUCCUUCACCAACACUUCUACCAGAACACAAACACGCUACUUGUGAGCGUUUUCAAGUGCCCUGAGUGCCAGCUUGCAUACAUGCAAAAACAGCUACUAGUGCAGCAUCUCAAGGCUGUGCAUGGCCUUCCUAAAGCCCCUGAGGAGCCAGCAGCUCCCGUGAAGAAGCCAGACUCUGCAGUAAACAAAAGUGAGGACACAUCAGCAGCAAAGGCUCAAGUCAAGAGUGUAUUGCCUCCUCCUGCAGCCAAGAAAGAGUCUGAAUCCUCUGAAUCACAGCACAAAAUGAAACUUGCAGGUUGGACCUGUGGAGAAUGCUCAGAGUGGAUCUUGGAUAGAGAGACUUAUGUGUUCCAUAUGAAGAAAAGUCAUGGGAAGUGUAUGAAGAGGUACCCAUGCAGACUGUGUGAACGCUCCUUCAAUUCUUCUGCCAGCUUAAAAAGACACAUGAGAAAUAACCAUGAUACAAAAAAAGAUUACACAUGCUGCUACUGCACAGAUAAGCCAACAUUUGUCAAGCCUUCCAUGUUGGCCAAUCACAUCAUUCUAAUGCACGGCAUCAAAAAUCCUGAACUUCCCCAGCUUCCCACAAAUUCCAAAUCAGUUGGAGACACACCAGCCCAGAGUGGGGGCCAUGAACAGGCAUCUCGCCCCAAGAGAACAGCUAAAGAUGCACUAGAACAAGAAAAUAAGACUUUGAGUCCCGAAGGCAAGAAACUGAAAACUCUGUAUAAGUGUGCAAAAUGUGGCUUCACUGCAGACAGCAGCACAGAAUUCCUGGAACAUAUACCCCAGCACAAAACUGACAACUCUACAUGCCAGUGUGUGCACUGUGGCUUGUGUUAUACUUCUCAAAUAUCCCUCAACAGGCAUCUUUUUAUUGUGCACAAGGUAAAGGAUGAAGAGGAAGAGCAGAGACAUGUAAGCCCAGAAACAAAGCCUCCAUCAGAUGUGGAUGCUCAGAGUGUAAAGCAAGAACCCAGAGAACCAUGGCAAUGUGCCCAGUGCAAUGUAACAUUUGAACUUGAGAGUGCGUAUUCUGCUCAUCUCCGAACUCAUGGCGAAAGUCUCUCUAACAAACAGAAGCAGGAUUCCGAGUAGCUUCAGACGUAUUCUGGUAUAAAAAAAUUUCCAUUUGGAAACCAAGAUAAAACAAAUGUUUAAAAAACUUUUUAAAAAGAGAAUAUAAAAACUAUUUUUACUAUAAA